AUGCCUGUGCCGUUUGCCGCAUUGCAGUCAAUCGAGUUCGAGCUAAAUCGCCUAGAGCCGUUGGGCAUCAUCUCGCCUGUGGAGUUUUCGGACUGGGCUGCACCUAUAAUCGCAGUUAAGAAGAAAUCGGUCAAUGGCGAGCCGUGCAAAAUUCGUGUGUGUGCCGACUGUUCCACCGGCCUGAACAGUGCCAUUCAGCCCAACCAUCAUCCGCUGCCUCUUCCUGAAGAGAUUUUCACCCAGCUUUCGGGGAGCAAUAUUUUUUCGCACAUUGACCUGUCGGACGCCUACCUGCAGGUACCUGUGGAGAAGGAAUCGCGAAAAUUUCUCACCAUCAACACACAUCGUGGCCUUUUUGAACUUAAUCGUUUGCCACCUGGUGUGAAGUCAGCUUCUGCUACCUUCCAGAAUAUUGUCGACGCAAUGGGUGCAGGAUUCGAGGGAGUUGAGACUUACCUCGACGAAGUGCUUGUCCACGGUCGGACACCGGAAGAACAUCGCUCUCACUUUCUCAAGGCUCUGAAGCGCAUUCAGGAGUGA